ACAACGUGUGUAUUUUUCGAGACGCAGAAGGAACGGAGGCUCUUAUCUCCGCGAAAAAUGGAUUAUUCCAAUAUAUUUUGUAAUUAUCUUAUUAGAAAAUAGGGUGCGCGUAUUGGAAUUACAACAAAAGCAAACGGGAAUUUUCAUCGUGGCGUUGACGGCGUGUGCGUGCUUUACACUCGCUUAGCAGCGCAGCGAAAAUGGUUUAUUAUCUUGCGUUGUCGUUGUCGUCGUCGUCGUUCACAUCCGUCGUAUCUUCCGUCGUCGCCAAAAUGUCCGUCGCGCCAGUUAUCGACUUCGCAAUCUUCAUCUCCUAAAGCACACGCGUCGCGUCGUCAGCGUAUAAUUUCGUAUUUAGUGCGUAAGCUUUGAACUUGCAAGCGAAUCGAGAGCAAUAAUAACAAGUGGAAAGAAUAACAAGACACAAAACAAAACGAAAAUCACAAGUGACGUGCAAAUUAGAAAGUCUUAUAAGAGUGCUGUGCUGUGCUGUGGUGGAGGAGCAACACAGCUGUGGUUGCUGGUGGCCUUAGCCUAGCCUGCUAACAUGUCCGAAAAGCAUGGCCAGCUUAGUGGUGCGCAGUGGACGACGAAAUCAGCAGCAGCGGCGGGGGCAGCAGGAAGCCCAACAAAACAUCAGCAACCCAAUCCAAAUCCCAAUUCAAGUAGCAAUUCCAUAUAUGAGGCAACUGCAACUAGUCCAUAUGGCAUUCCCAUUGCGGUGCCACCGCCACCCACGGGACCAAUUCACACGGACAUUCCCACAUACACCUCUGGACGCUUUCAAGCACCACCGCUUCACAUGCAUCCGCAUACGCUACCCGCAAAAUCAUCACCUUUAACCAUAGUGGCAUCAUCGCCACUGCAUCAGCCACACCUGCAAGCGGCGCAGGUGUCGCCCUCCUCCACAACCACAAAUGUACCUGCUCCUAGUGGUGGUUUUGUGCCGCCCGUGUUUCCAAAUAUGACACCAACGCCUUCACCUGGCUCAGCUGCAGCCGCAGGCGCCACUUCAGUUCUUACGCCGAACCCCUUUGUGGCGGCUUCAGCUGCUGGUAAUCUGGCGUUUGUCAAUGCCUUCAAUUUGAGCAAUGCUUCGUCGCAAUUGGAUAUGGGCAAAAUAUUGCAUGCAAUGAACGCAAAUGCUGCUGCAGCAGUGUCACCAGCAGCUGCAACAGCAACAACAGUGGCAAGGCAUCCUCCACCAGCACAUCCGCAUCCCAGUGAAGCUGGAGCUGCAGCGGCACCAGCUGUAGCGCCCAGUGGCGCAAUCAAUGCCACAAUUGCGGAGAAUGUGAUGAGCGCCUUGUCUAAUGAUGAUGAGAAGAUGCGACGAGUGCAGCAGGUCAUCGAAGCCAGUCUCGAUGACGCUGCUAAGCUGCAAAUUGCCCAGAUCUUAGAGAGCGUGUCGGGCUUAAAGCCCAUUGAGAAACUCUUUCUCUAUUUGCGUUUGCCUGGCGAAAGCGCAGACACAGAUCCUUUGAGACAACCACAGAAUCCGCUGGGCACGCGCUCUGAGAUUAAUCAUACCAUCAACUGGGUGCGUUCCCAUCUGGAGCACGAUGCUCAGGUGUCCAUACCAAAGCAGGACGUUUACAAUGAUUACAUCGCCUACUGCGAACGCCUGAGCAUCAAACCGCUGUCAACGGCGGACUUUGGCAAAGUUAUGAAGCAAGUGUUUCCUGGCGUGCGUCCUCGUCGCUUGGGCACGCGUGGCAAUUCACGCUACUGCUAUGCGGCCAUGCGUAAGACCACCAAACUGACGCCACCCCAAUUGCCGCAGUUGUGCAAGGAUGAACCACUGGAUGAAGCUGAAUUCAAUGAAGCCAGUGCAGCGCAGCAGUUAAACAGAUCGCCCAGCGCAGCAGGCAGCUUGGGAGCUGGCACAGAGAAUGAUGGCUCCUGGGAUGUGGUGCGCAAUUGGGCCGAAAAACUGCUCAACACCAAGCUGGACAGCGUUGCUGAAUUGGCCACACGCAUCAAGACCAACAAUGCAGCGAUUAUGGGCGGUUUGGCACCCAAGAAAUACACGCCUCGUGAGCCCAAGGAGAAGCGUCUGCUGGCGGACAUGGGACCGUUGAAGAAGCGACGCAAAAAGAAGCGCAAAGGCUCAACAUCUUCGGAAUCGAGUUGCAAUCAACCAAAUGCCGCACAGGAUGCGGGCAGCAGUCAGGAGGCAGCCAGCGAUGAACACAAAACGGAACAGUUAUUAAAGAUCAAGCAGGAGAUUAUAGACUCGCCCGGUGGCUAUACAUCAAUUAAGCAGCUGCAGCCGCAACAACAGCCACCACCACAGCAGCAACAACAGCAAGUGCUGCCUAUGAAUCUGGCCACCGAUCAGCGCAGCAAUGCUGUGCGUAAUCUGACGCCCAAGCUAAUGGAACUGCAAACGGAGCAGGCGGCGCAACAGUCGCCAUUAUCGCCCAGUGGAUUGAUCAUCAAGGACGAGGCCGAUACCGAGGAGUACAACACCAGCAACAUCUUCUGCAAGAAAGUGCUAAAGGCCCAACAGACCAAAGGCUUCUGGGCCAAUUCACCGAGCAGCGGCAGCACCAGCAACACUAUGCUCGUGCCUCCAGUGAUUACCACAACGGCAGCAACGCCACCGCCGCCUGCCCAACCUCCGCCUGAGAAUGCAGCAGCAACUGUGGCGCCGUUGUCGAUGGGUCCACCCGCACAGUUGAAUCAUCAGAGCUCAGUGAGCCCAUCGAGUAGCCUGGACACGAACAGCAGUACACCGAAGGUCGCCUCGCGCAACAUGAUGUUACUGCGUGCCAAGCGCAUAAUGGCCGAGAAUGCAGCCGCAUUGGCGGCAGCAGCAGAGGACUCCGAUUUGCCGGAGAAUCUGGGAUUGCCACGGGAACGUGUCAUCAGCAUUUGCAAUAUGGACAAACAUGAGCUGGAUGAUUAUUUUCUGCCCGGCGAUGAUGAGGAGGAGAAUUCCGAGGGGCCAGAUACCGAGCUGCUUCAAUAUUUUCCGAUAGGAGACGCUGAGGAAAAACAACUGAAUUCCUUAGAUGCUCAAGCAGAACAACACAGAAAUCCACAAGCUGGAACUGCUGCGGCCACUGCAUUAAGCAAUGCAAUGGCCAUGGCAGCGACAGCGGCCAAUGCACGAUCCGCCACAGCGGCGGCAACGGCAACAACGAUGCAACAUCAUCUGCAGCCACAGCAGCAGCAGCAACAACAUCAGCUGCAGCAGCAACAACAACAGCAACAGUUGCAGCAGAUGCGUCGUUCGAUGCCAUUGUCAACAACAGCAACUGUGGCGACAGCGGCGGCAAAUGUUGUGGGUUCUGCCUCAGCGUCUCUGGCACUAAUGUCACGAAAGCAUCAACAACAACAACAGCAACAACAUCAGCAGCUGCGCGGCAGCAGCAGCAACAACAACAACACACCAAACACAAACAACAGCAACAAACGCAAAAUCAGUCUAACAAAUGCCUCGAGCAAUGGCAACAACAAAAACUGCAUUUUUCUGCCCAUUUCCCCCAACACAAACAGCAGCAAUCCGACCGCAGGAGCAGCAGCAACAUCAGCAACCACAACUGGACAACAAAACUGUUUUGCUAGUCCGGGAUUAACCCGCAUGCGACAUCGCUCCAAUCUGCUAACCAAACAGCAGUCGCUGGACUUUGACAACAACGGCAACGGAGAUCCGAUGAUUGGCGCUGGACAUCGACGUAGACGCAACUAUGUCUACAGCUAUCCCAGCAGCAGUUCAGCUUCGGCACCUCCGAGUCCAUCGCUGUUGCAACAGUGCAUGGGCGCCAAUUGGUCAUUCAAUGGCAACAACCAGUUUGGCGACGGCAUCAGCGGCAGCAACAACAACAGCAGCAGCAUCAAUAACAACGUCGAUCUGUUGGUCAAUCAAAACUCGAUGGAUUUGGAAACAAGUCUGGCCUUGAGUGGCGCAAACAUCGAGCUAAAUGAAACGCAACGUUCGCAAUCGGUGCCGUUGUCGCAACUGCAACGCAGCAGCAGCAACCAAUCACCCGCAACCAGCUACAAUUCGCAGAUGAGUCAUGUGGUGGUGACCAGCAUUGUGAAAGAUGUGCUCUUCUCGGAGAACAGCAACAGUCAACAAUCGAAGCUAGGCGGUGGCGACGUCGAUGUCUCCGCGAGUCUGCUGUACGACGAUGUGGAUGUAAGCGCACUUAUCUCACCGAACUUUAACAGCAAGUUCACUGGCAUCCAAACAACCACCACGUGCAGCUCAUCGGCUGGCUCCUCCAGCGGCUACAGCAGCGCAGGCAGUGCAGCGGGUGGGAUAGUGUCCCGCUCGGUGCCCUCGACACCGUUGCCUCAUCAGCAAUCGCAGCAACAGGGCUGCAACAGCAACAGCCUCAACACCACCAAUGGCAGCUGCAAUGCGGCCAGCGGGUUCUUCAACAUCUCGCCCGCCUUCAAUUGGACCUCCAGCGCCGUGGGUGGCUAUGGUGGGCAAUCGUAUAGCUCGCGUACAGCGAUGGACAUAUCGAAAUCGAUGCCAACAACGCCCAUAACGACUCCCUGCUUUCGUUACAGUCCCGUCGAGCUGCAUCGCGAUUUCCUGAUCAAUGGCAACACUAUCGACAGUCUGCCUUCGCCGGCUGUUGCCGCCUUUGGCGCGGAUGCUGUUCUCGCUCUCAGUACGGAUACGCUGAUCGAUGAUGCGCCGCCGCAUAGCAGCGAUGUGGAGGCCAUGAUUGGAGCGGUCGAUAUGCUCGAUAAUUUGUAGAAUUUGCACGAAGAGAAAGCUCAAACGCAGGCAGAGAAAACAGAAGAUACAGCAUCCACAACGCAGCCAGAAACAGAGGAGCAGGUCGUUGAAUGUUUGCUGCAGCAUGUGGACAAGCUAUAAGUUCAUCUGUCUGUCUGUAGAUUAGAAUCUGUGUCUACCUAACAAUAAUGAUUGUUGUGUUCAAUUACGAGUACCUUUAAACGUUGUCUCCUGCAAUGAGCUCUCUCUUCGCAAUUAUCAGCACAAGCCUAACUUCCUCUCUAAUAAUAAUAUUUAAAGUAAGCUCCAAUUGGUUUCAAAAAUGUCCCAAAAAACAUUAGAAAACAAAACAAAUGUAGGCAGUUGAAUGUCGCGUGUUUUUGCAUGUCCUUGAGACCUUCCUCAACCAAUCAUCAAGCAUCCCUCAGGCCCUUGUUAUAUAUGUAUGUAUCGAUGUAGUAUUUGUAAUGAUGUCUGGCGAGAUACAGUGUAUACUGCAUAUUGUUAUUAAGCAUGAUGAAUGAAAAAAGCAGAAAAUUGGCAAAUGUUGUUUGCCAUAUUUUUUGGUCUAGUUGCAUAGUUUUUACUGUUGACCCUCGAUUUGAGAACGAAAACAAACAAACAAACAAAAAAAAGAUAUAGUAAAAGAACCUUACAAAUGAAACGAACUUAAAGUCUGAAUGAAUUCAACGUGCAGCGGUUUUAAAAACAAUUAUACAUAUACACACAUAACUAUAUAUAAAAUAUAAUGGAAUGUAAAUGUAACAUUUUAAAUGGACCCCCAUUUGGGGCACAACAUUGUUUUACAACCCCCCUUUAAAAAAGAAAAG